AUUUCGUCUUGUCUCACUUCCUCCAUCACUUCUAAAGGUCUCCACGGUUCUGCCGGCGUUUUAUCUUUUUUCUUCCACUUCAACUUCAUCGACACAAUCCGUCGCAGGCAACUCCGACCACUGGGCCCGCGCAGCACCUGCUUACUCCAGCUGAUAGAAGAAUGUCCCGGAAAGUUGUGAGGUCCAGCAAGUUCCGUCACGUCUUCGGCCAGGCCUUGAAGGCGGACCAGUGCUACGAUGACAUCCGCAUCUCCCAGAUGACCUGGGACAGUAACUUCUGCUCGGUCAACCCCAAGUUCGUGGCCAUGAUUGUGGACGCCAGCGGUGGGGGAGCCUUCAUGGUGCUGCCGCUGAGUAAGACAGGGCGUAUCGACAUGGCGUACCCCACCGUGUGCGGGCACACAGGCCCUGUUCUGGACAUCGAGUGGUGCCCUCAUAACGACAACAUCAUAGCCAGCGGGUCCGAGGACUGCAGCGUCAUGAUUUGGGAAAUCCCAGACGGGGGUCUAACGAAGCCUCUGGUGGAGCCGGUGGUGACGCUGGAGGGCCACUCCAAGCGCGUGGGGAUCCUGAGCUGGCACCCCACCGCCCACAACGUGCUCCUGACCGCAGGCUGCGAUAACGUCAUCAUCCUGUGGAACGUGGCGUGCGGGGAGGCGAUGGUGCGGAUCGACGCGGUGCACACCGACAUGAUCUACAGCGCCUGCUGGGACACGAACGGGUCGCGCAUCCUCACCUCCUGCAAGGACAAGAAGAUCCGCGUCCUGGACCCCCGCAAGGGCUCCGUCGUCUCCGAGAAAGAUAAGCCCCAUGAGGGCUCCAGGCCUGUCCGGGCCAUAUUUGUGUCCGAUGGGAAGAUCCUGACCACAGGAUUCAGUCGUAUGAGCGAGAGGCAGGUGGCGCUGUGGGACCCGAGUAACUUUAAGGAAGCCCUCACCCUGCAAGAGCUGGACACCAGCAGUGGAGUCCUCCUGCCCUUCUUUGACCCCGACACUGGAAUUGUGUACCUCUGUGGCAAGGGAGACAGCAGCAUCCGGUAUUUCGAGGUGACGGACGAGGCCCCCUACGUUCACUACCUGUCCAUGUACAGCAGCAAGGAGAGCCAGAAGGGCAUGGGCUACAUGCCCAAGAGGGGCCUGGAGGUCAACAAGUGCGAGAUCGCCAGGUUCUACAAGCUGCACGAGCGUAAGUGCGAGCCAAUCGUCAUGACCGUCCCGCGCAAGUCUGAUCUCUUCCAAGAGGAUCUGUAUCCUGACACAAUUGGCCCAGAGCCUUCCGUGGAGGCCAGUGAUUGGUUCUUAGGAAAGGAAGGGAAACCAAUCCGAAUUUCCUUGAAGGACGGGUUUGUGGCCACCAAAACCAAAGAGUUCAAAGUGCACAAGAGCCUGCUGACAACCACGACGGUAGCCAGUGGGAACCAAUCGGCAGACAGCACGGAUGUGCACUCCCUGCAGGAGGAGAUUAAGAAGCUGAAGGCCAUAGUGGAAGAGCUAACUGAGAGAGUGAGCACACUGGAGACCAAGAACUGAAACAGAGAGAGAGAGAGAGAGAGAGAGGGAGAGAAAGUGAGAGAGUGAGAGAAGAGGGAAAGAGGGAUGCUUAGAGGGAGAGAGAAGCUGACAGUCAAGGAGAGAAAGUAAUGGAGAAAGGAAAGAGAGAAGGAAGAAUAAAAGGCGAAUGUUUUAGAUCAGCUUGUUCUUUUUGUUCAGUUCUGCAGGGAAAAACUGCACAGGAUUUUUAGGGAGCAAAAUUAUUUUAUUUUCAGCCUGACUUUUAGGAUAAAGAUAAGUAACUGUGCUGGGUGCAGGAUGUACAGUUUUAUAGUGUGAACUUAUUGUUAAUUAACAAUUUUUGAUUGUUAAUUAACAAUUAAUUAACAAUAAUUAGCAAUUAUUCACCUUGUCUUCAUUAAGUAUUUUUUCAUAUGAAGAUGUUUAGAAGAGUUCAAAUAAAAAUUUGAGGUUUUUCCAGAA